AUGACGCGCAAGAAUGUGCGAGUGCGUUGGAACAGAGGAGAGGGCGCGAGAUCCGAGACGACCGGAACCUUAGACACGUCCAGCUGCACCAACACUGAGUUGACCGAAACAUUUACGCGCGAAGAUCCUGUCAUCUCCAAGGUCGCGGCGGAGUUCGCUGGCGCCAUCAGGAAUGUCUACGCCGAAGAAAGGAGAGGCAUCUCCGAGAUGGAGGCCCACCGUCGACUGAUCGCUUUCCGCGAUAUGCAUCGCUACGACCCCAACUUGCCAGAUGCCGCCUUCGAUGCCAUCAACGAUGCCACUCAAAGACAUGACCACAAGAGCGAAGCUGUCCUCAUCCGUGAGCUUGUCGAAGAUUCACCUUACCCCGAGGUCCGUGCUGUCGUCCGCAACGACGAUAUAGAUGUUCCGGUCAGCACUAUCCGUGCCUGGACCAUUGGCUUGUUCAUGACCACGGUCGUGUCCAUCUUUAAUGCGUUGUUCACCCUCCGGUAUCCCAAUAUCUGGAUACCUACCAAUGUGGUCCAGCUCCUGGCAUACCCUCUUGGAGCCGGCUGGGCGGCGCUCAUGCCAUGUCGCGACAUCUCUCUGUUCGGUAUCAAGGCGCAUCUCAAUCCUGGUCCUUUCAACGUAAAGGAGCACGUCCUUAUUGUGGUCAUGGCCAAUGCUGCCGUCGGUGGUGGGGCUGGCUACUUCGUUGACACUGUCGUCUCGAUCCAGAAAUUCUACAAAAUCUCGGGCUUCGGCUGGGGGUUCAACAUUCUUUUCGCACUGUCGACGCAAUGUGCUGGAUUUGGUCUCGCCGGUCUUGUCCGCAGGUGGGUUGUCGAGCCGGCUCCUAUGAUAUGGCCUUCGGCUCUGGCCAGCGUGGCUAUCAUUAACGCUCUCCACGAACACAUUGGCAGCGAGCCUGAGUAUAAAAACGACUGGAGCAUUGCGCGUUACAAGUGGCUCUUGUACGUGAUAGCUGCCAUGUUUAUCUGGUCUUGGCUGCCUAAUUUCAUAUUCCCGGCCUUGAGCUAUUUCGCUUGGGUGACCUGGAUUAAGCCCAACAGCGUCCUUGUCAACCAACUCUUUGGCCAGACGACUGGUAUCUCUCUGGGAUUUCCGUUUACUGGUUUCACACUCGACUGGGCUCAGAUAAACAGCUGCUAUGACAGUCCCUUGAUAGCACCGUGGCACGCGAGCGCCAACAUUCUGGUCGGCGUUAUCGCUAUCACGUGGGUCAUCGUGCCAGCUUUCCACUACACUAACACCUGGUACGCCAACUACCUGCCUAUCAGUCAAAAUGGUAUCACCGACAACACGGGGUCGCCAUAUAACAUCUCCCGAAUCCUCACCCCGGAGCAUGUAGUGGACCCCGUCGAAUACGAGAAGUACUCGCCACUUUUCCUGUCCACUCAGUUCGCUGUGACGUACGGUGUAUCCUUUGCUGCAGUCUCUGCCUUGGCCUCCCACACUAUCCUCUACCACAGCAAAGAGAUCUGGGAAAGAUGGAGAAGCUCGAGUAGCGAACGAGACGAUAUCCACAUGAAGAUCGUGCGCAGAUACAAGAUCGUACCGACGUGGUGGUAUGUGGUAUUGCUAGCAAUCACAACCGCCUUCGCCUUCGCCGCAGCAUGCGCAUUCCCGACAGGAAUGACCGCCUCCUUAGUACUCCUCAGUCUCGUCAUCGCAUCCGCCUUGACUAUCCCUGCUGGCGUGAUCCAAGCUACGACUAGCACCCCGCUCGGCCUGAACGUCUUCACCGAGCUCAUUAUCGGGUACAUCCAACCUGGUCACCCUAUCGCCAUGAUGUUGUUCAAGACGUUCGGAUACAUCACUAUGACUCAGGCGCUCUCCUUCUGCCAGGACCUAAAGCUCGGACAGUACAUGCACGUCCCUCAACGCUCAUUGUUCACAGCCCAGCUCAUCGCGACGGCAUGGUCGUGCUUCUGCCAGUUGGGCAUUGUUCAGUGGGCACUCGGCGCUAUUAGCAAUAUCUGCACGGCCGAAGCAGCGGCCCACUUCACCUGCAAUAACAUCAUGACGUUCUACAACGCUUCGGUCAUAUGGGGUGCUAUUGGACCCAAACACCUAUUCUCCGGCACAGCCAUCUACAAAGAUCUCAAUUGGUUCUGGCUCCUCGGUUUCGUCCUCCCCAUCAUCAUCUACGGCGUUGGCCGCGCAUUCCCCAAAGUGUCCAUGUUGAGGAGAGUCAAUAUACCUCUCGUGUUCACAGCCGUGAAGUACAUACCGCCUUAUAACGCGAUGAAUGUUCUCGCCUACUGCCUCGUCAGCUUCAUCUUCCAGAAACACAUCUACACCCGCGCGCGCGGCUGGUGGAUGGAGUACAAUUACGUCACGUCCGCGGGCAUGGACAUUGGAUUGGCGAUUUGUGCUAUUAUGAUGUUCUUCUGUGUACAGCUGCCGGGUGUGAGCAUGGCUCCCUGGUGGGGCACGAAGGUAAUUGAGACGGGUGAUUACAAUGGGACUGCUAGAAGGGAUACACUGUCUAGGGGCGAGACGUUUGGACCGGCGGUUUGGAAGUGGUAG